AUGGCUCGCAGGGUGGUGUCAGGGCUGCUGCUGUGUGGGGUUGCUGCGGUUUUCCUGGUACUGCUGCAGGGCGCACAGUCAGUCUACAUCCAGUACCAAGGCUUCCAGGUCCAACUGGAAUCGGUGAAGAAGCUGAAUGAAUUGGAGGGGCAAUGGUUGCCCAGCCCUGGCCUGCAAACCCAGAGCCCCCAGCCCUCCAUCUGCCACCACCCGGCCCUGCCACUGGACCUCCAGCCCAUCUGUGCCUCCGGGGAAGCGGACAGCAUUUUCCAGGCCUUGAGGACCAUCGCUGCUGACGACUGCGAGCUGUGCGUGAAUGUUGCCUGUACUGGCUGCAGCUAAGAUGGCCUGGGUGCCCUGAGCCCACCCUGGACACCGUGCACCCCCCCCCAGCCCACUGCCUUCACAGCACCCGCCCCCAUCCAGGCUCUGGGGGUCCCCGCCACCACGGUCAUCCCCGCCCCCCAUCCCACCCUGCAGGGCCCGAGCAGCUGGAUCUGGCACAAAGCAGUUGGACCCACCGUCG